CGGUUCAUGUGUGAUGUGAGAUAUAUUGUAUAGAGGAAACCAACACAGAGGACGAGAGAAAUGGCAACGUUGAGCAAAUUUUCUGAAGAUAUGAUGGGGAAUAUCCUGUCGAGACUGCCUCCCAAGUCUCUGAUGCGAUUUAGAUGCGUCCUCAAGUCGUGGCACGACCUAAUCGAUAAACCUAGCUUCGUGGACCAGCACCUUUCCACUUCUAUGGACAACAAAGUCACCUCCUCCACUUACGUCCUCCUCAAGCACAAUGUCCUCACGGACCCCAGCAUUAAGGACGACGAGAAGGCAGUUAGAGCUACCCUCUUCAACCCCGACAGUGACCAAAGGGACAUUUUACUCUCCUCAAUUAAUCUCGGCAGCCUUGUCGACGACGGUCUUGAGAUUGAGAACCAUGUCGUUCCGCCGCCUAUGAGAGGAUACGCAUUGAGCCUAGAAAUAGCAGGCUCUUGUGAUGGCCUCAUCUGCCUCAAUACUUUUAACAGCGAGGAAAUUGUUUUAUGCAAUCCAGCACUCGAGGAAUACAGAGUUCUUCCCAAGUCUUGCAUUCUUUUGCCUCCGCGAGUUCCACGUCAAGUUGAAGAAAAUGAAGACGAUGAUUAUUAUGAAGAAGACGACGAC